AUGGCGCCUUAUAGGAGGAGUAAAAAACCGCCUCCCGAAGGAUGGGAGUUGAUCGAACCAACAAUCGAGGAAUUGAAUAGGAAGAUGCGUGAGGCUGAAACUGACCCUCAUGAGGGAAAACGUAAAGUUGAGGCUGAAUGGCCAAUAUUUCGCAUUCAUCAUAAGAGGUCUCGGUUCAUAUAUGAUUUGUAUUAUAAACGAAAAGCUAUUUCUAAGGAGCUGUAUGAAUUCUGCAUCAAAGAGAAGAUAGCCGAUGCAAAUCUGAUAGCCAAAUGGAAGAAACAAGGAUAUGAAAACUUAUGUUGUUUAAGGUGCAUCCAAUCUAGAGAUACAAAUUUUGGAACUAAUUGCGUAUGUCGAGUACCAAAGUCAAAGUUAGAAGAAGGUCAGAUUGCUUGCAUUAUAAUUAAGGUGAAAUAUCAUUUGGCUCACAAACACUUAGUUCUUUAUUUCUUCGAUUUAUCUGUAGAUAUAGUUAACAACAAUUCGUUCUUCAGCUCGAUUCAAUAUCUCUUGAGGAAGUGCUGUAAGCCUGGCCAAUUUAAUACCUGAUUUUAUGAAAAAAUUUCUAAUUGAAGUAAUAACAUGAGUGAUUAUUAAUCUCGAAUGCAUAGAGCUUGACAUUACAAUCAAUGAUUUCCAAUGAUUAAAAAUUCUUUGACUGUAUGUAUUUAUACAUCUAAAAUUUACCCAAAUUGUUGGAUCGUUCCCAACCACCAAUUAUAAGCUAUUGUUUCUUUUGUAGUAAGUAGCAUACUUAAACAUAAAAUUUAUCAUCUUUUCAUACAAAUUUUCCC